AUGAGAAUCAGUAUUUUAUAUUUUGUUUUUUUUUCAAUUAUUAUUUGUUCUUUUGAAUAUGGCAAAAAUGUAUUACACUUUAUAAACGAGAGCAACGUAUACCUUGAAAGGAAUAUAAUAAAUUUAGAAAAUAAUAGAAUAUUAGCAGAUGCAAACAAUAAAUUGGAUUUAAAUCAUUUUUAUGAAUCAACUUUGAGUCUUGCAGAUCAAUUGAAUGACUGUAGUGGUGAAGAUGAUGAUGACGAGGAUACACAAAAAUUUCGAAAUAUUAUAUAUUCACAUAUAAAGAAGCAUAAAGAAAGUAAUACAUUACCCGAUUUAAAUAAUGUAGAUAAAAAAAGGAAAAAGAUCAUUUAUGAACUUCAAAAAGAAUUAGAUGAAGUAAAAAAAGAAUUAGAUGAAGUAAAAAAAGAUAUUGGUAAUAUAAGAAACAAUAAAUUAGAAACACAACCGAUACAAGAUAAAAGAAUAGUAAAUAGAGAUGAAGUUGUUUCUGUAUCCAAUUAUGAAGACCUUAACAGACACGAAGAUCUAAGACUUAUCACGGAGAAUGAAGAGAAUGCGGUCAAUACAACUGCUGAUGAUAGAUUAAAAGAUAAACAAGAGCUAAAAAUAAUACGCAAAGGGUUAUUAUUGAGGGGGUGUAUAUUAGCUGUGCUGACUAGUUUGCUUCUCAUACCAGUAGUUAAUAUAUGGGUAAGUUAUAUGAUUGUAGGACUUUCAAUUGAAACACUUUUUAGAUGCUAUCAAUUCAGUAAAUUAACCUUUAAAGUAUAUAAUGUACCAAAAAAAAUGCUAAAACCCCCAAAAUUCCUAAAACCCUAA